UUGAAUAUAACAGGUAGUAACUGUUCUCCAUCUUCAUGUACAAUCUGUCUGCUCCAGGAUUUAUUUUUUAAUGGCAUUAAUGGAUGAUGACUUAAAUGUUACUCAUAUAAAACUUGGUGGGUUUGUGGAAAUGGACAAAUACAGAUAUCUUUAUUUUUUAACUCUGUUUGCAGUAUAUAUUCUGAUAAUCUGCAGUAAUUCUACUAUUGUCUUCCUGAUCUGCAUUCACAAGAACCUCCACGGGCCCAUGUAUGUUUUCAUUGCAGCUUUGCUACUCAACUGUGUCCUUUACAGCACGGUGGUUUACCCAAAGCUUCUCACUGAUUUCUUAUCUAAAGAACAGAUCAUUUCAUAUCCUGCAUGCCUCUUUCAAUUUUUUGCAUUUUACUCUUUAGGUGGUUCUGAGUUCUUGCUCUUAUCAGCUAUGGCCUAUGACAGAUAUGUGUCUAUAUGCAAACCUCUGCAGUAUCCAACUAUCAUGACGAAGAAUGCUGUGACUGCUUUCCUGGUUUUGUGUUGGAUUGUACCUGCCUCUCACGUGGCAGUCCAAACCAUACUGAGCGCAAAAGCAAAACUGUGUGACUUAAAUUUAAAUUCAGUAUUUUGUAACAAUGCAAUUUACAGACUUCAAUGUGUUGAAUCAAGAAUAAUUCGUAUUUUUGGUGUGGUUUGUUUACUGGAUCUCGUAAUACUCCCUCUGCUCUUCAUAGUCUUUACAUAUGUGAGAAUACUUGUAAUAUCCUAUCGAAGCUGUAAAGAAGUCAGAAAAAAAGCUGCUGAGACCUGUUUGCCUCACCUGCUGGUAUUAAUCAGCUUCUCCUUUUUGACUGUAUACGACGUGAGCGUGGCUCGAGUGGAUACUGAUUUUCCAAAAACUGCACGUUUGAUAAUGACACUACAAAUAGUUCUGUAUCAUCCUCUGUUUAAUCCAUUUAUAUAUGGGCUGAAAAUGAAAGAAAUUUUUCAACGCCUCAAAAUUCUGCUUUGCAAAGCCCAAACCAUCAAGACCGAUAUCUAAUGUGCAAUCAGUUUUAUUGCUGUUGUGAAAGAAAAUAUCAGCACAACUUUCAUUCAGAUUGUGUUUCACUGUAUUUUACGAUAUUUUAACUGUCAAGAAAUUAGUUGGUAAAUAUUAACCCUGUGCCUUCCUGUAUUGGUAUAUUUGGCUGUGCCUGUAUUGCAAUUUUUCUCAAUUGAUAGACACUAAAUUCCAUUCACUGCACUCAGCCACCAACUGACUGCACACAUUUCUCAACAACAGGACUCUGCUGUCCAAAUUUUGGACACUAUUCAUGGUUUGUACACAGUUUCCAAAACUCUUGCACUCUUUUUGCAAAAGACUGAACAUGUUUUUUGCUCAUUUGAACACACUUUUUCACUCAUAGCACACAUUUUUCAAAAAGUGAACACUAGAAGGUAGAAUUGGGACACUGUUCCAACACUGCUGUCACAAUUAAGACACAACAGGUCAGAACUGAAAACACUUUUACCAAUGAACUGCACACUAUAAAACCUGCUGGGAAACAGAAUGAGCUGUUCAGAAUGGAUGUCAGAGGAGCAAGAGGUCAUGUUGGAAGAAGAGGACAUGGACAACCUAGACCACGGCCAGAACCAGAACCAGAACCUGGACCUGGACCUGGACCUGGACCUGGACCACUUUACAUGAGAGUUUUUCAGUUGAAUUCUGAUGAUACACAUGAAUACAUCUAUGUGGAAGAGGCCAAGAGGAGGAGAAGAGGGAGAAACAUCAUUGGACAAUGGGCUAUAGUCAACGUCCAGGUCAGUGUGGGGCAACGUAACCCUCUGUGCUGCAAUAAACAAUCUGGGAGUAAUUCACCAUCAAGCAGUUCUGGGACCAUAGAACAGCCAGCAUUUGUUGACUUUCCUAGAUGGACUUAGAGGAUCUACUGGCACAGUGCAGCAGGACGUUUGGCAAAAAUACACGGCUUUUGUUGUUGUCUGGGACAAUGUUAGUUUUCAUAGAGGACUAUUGAUUCGGGAAUGGUUCAAUUUGAACCCUCAAGUUAUUGUGGUUUUCUGCCGCCAUAUUCUCCCUUUCUGAAUCCUAUAAAAGAAUUCUUCUCUACAUAGAGCUGAGGCUUGUCUUGUAUGUAUGUAAAAUACUCACAGACUUGAAGGUCGGAGUGCAACUGUGAUUCAAUAGCCAUGUUAAUGUCCGACAUUCUGUGUUCAACCGUGUGGUGGGACAGUUAGAUGUCUGAUACCAUUGGUUUUACUUUGUCGUUUUCAGGAGACAAGAUUUCAACAAUGUCACUGAGGCAUGUUUUGACGAACACUCCUUCAUUGUAUGGCUUUUUAGCCCGUGCAAUGUUCCAAGCAAGUUUAUACGAUGCAAGCGUUACCGUCUUUGAGUGCUUUGUAAAUUUUUGGAACAAUUGUGUCUGCUUUUCUGUCUGACCUUUCAAAGUGACCAACUUGUGCUUACGAAGUUCAGUCCCCUUUGGAAAUUCCUGGUCGAUGUUAGCAUGGAGUGAACUGAAGUGCCGCUGAAGAUUUGAAGCCUUGAAAUGCGCUAAUGAUGCCUGACAUAUCAGGCAGAUUGGCUUGCCAUUACGUUCAACAACAACAACAAAAAAACUCUCCCACUACGUUAAAAACAUCCUGUGUUCAUCUUCAUAUUUCCUUUGGUUGUGCAUUUUUUUCCCUGCCAUUUUGAGAGUGAAUUUGGUAGGCCUACACUGCUCAAUGGUUUUUGCCUCCAAAUCAUUUGCGUCAACGUGCAUGUACGUGAGAUACAUGUUCCGUAAAAAAAUAACACAAACACAAAAUUCGAUGUGAAUGUAAGAACCACAUGAAACCGGGCAAAGAGCUGCAUGCGGCUCAGGAGCCAUUGGGUUGGCCAGGCCUGCUCUAGAGGGUAUCUAGUUCAGUUCCACAUUCAGCGGUUAUUCAUAGUUCCGUUUCCGGUUUCCUAAUUCCGGUUCCUAGUUGUAGUUCUUUGUAUU